AGCCGCAUAAGAAGCCACCGGGCCGCGGGCGGACAGGCCAGGCAGGCAGUGUAGUGUCACUGGCGCUCUGGCGGCGGGUCGUUCGGUUCGGGGUUUGCCGGGUUUUCGCCUUUGAAGCGGUACUGCGGGCGCGCGGGGGGCGGGUCCGACGGGCCUCGCGCCCGCGUGUGGGCGUCGCCUCGAGGUCUCCUUGAGGAAGCUCGCGCCGACUGACAGCUGAGAGGUUUUUAAUUGAAUGGCUCAGCCGCUCCCCCACUGCCGGAUCACAGCGCUUCAAUUCCGCUCGCCUGUUAAAAAUCCCGUAAUCUCUUAUUGUAAAAGAUUUUUUUUGUCGCAUUCGCAUCCACAAAAGAAAUCCUCGUUCGCACGUUUCAAUGAACCGCUACAAGAAUGGAUUCUGAAUUGAGCAUGCGUGGCAGCUGUGAGACGCCCUGAUCCCUGCAGCCGCAGUACCAGACGGCGAAGCUAGGGGGCCCCGUCGGCAUGUCCAGCCCGAGCAGUAGCCCCGAGCGGGAGGGCGCCGGCGAGCAGGCCGAGUGCCCCGCCUCGCCUGCCGGCCUGACGCCGCCGUCUAUGGGCAGCCCUGUCCUCAGUCCCGACUCCUCCUCCCAUUGCGGCGCACUGUCCGUUCCCGCCGUCUCUCCUGCCGACUCCGAGAGCCUGAGUCCCGAUGAGCUGGAGCUGCUUGCCAAGCUGGAGGAGCAGAACAGACUCCUGGAGGCUGACUCCAAGUCGAUGCGGUCGAUGAGCGGCUCCCGCAGGAAUUCGGGUUCCUCACUGGUGUCCAGCUCCUCGGCCUCCUCCAACCUCAGCCACCUGGAGGAGGACACCUGGAUCUUGUGGGGCCGCAUUGUCAACGAGUGGGAGGUGUGGAGACGCAAGAAGGACAAGCUCCUCAAGGAGCUGAUCCGGAAGGGCAUCCCGCACCACUUCCGGGCCAUCGUCUGGCAGCUGCUGGGGAACGCCACAGACAUGCCAGUGAAGAACCAGUACUCCGAGCUGCUGAAGAUGUCGUCUCCGUGCGAGAAGCUGAUCCGCCGCGACAUCGCCCGCACCUACCCGGAGCACGACUUCUUCAAGGGCCAGGACAGCCUGGGUCAGGAGGUGCUCUUCAACGUCAUGAAGGCGUAUUCGCUGGUGGACCGGGAGGUAGGCUACUGCCAGGGCAGCGCCUUCAUCGUGGGACUGUUGCUCAUGCAGAUGCCCGAGGAGGAGGCAUUCUGCGUGUUCGUGCGCCUCAUGCAGGAGUACCGCCUGAGGGAGCUCUUCAAGCCCAGCAUGGCUGAGCUGGGACUCUGCAUCUACCAGUUUGAGUACCUCCUGCAGGAGCAGCUACCUGAGCUGAACGUGCAUUUCCGCUCCCAGAGCUUCCACACCUCCAUGUACGCCUCCUCCUGGUUCCUGACGCUCUUCCUCACCUUCCUGCCGCUGCCCGUGGCCACGCGUAUCUUCGACAUCUUCAUGUACGAGGGCCUGGAAAUCAUCUUCCGUGUGGGCGUGGCUAUCCUGCAGUACAACCAGACAGACCUCAUCCAGCUGGACAUGGAGGGAAUGUCCCAGCACUUCCAGAGGGUGAUCCCACACCAGUUUGAGAGCUGCCCCGACAAGCUAAUCCACAGGGCCUACCAGGUCAAAUACAACCCCAAGAGGAUGAAGAAGCUGGAAAAAGAGUACACCACCAUCAAGAACAAGGAGAUGGAGGAGCAGAUUGAGAUCAAGAGGCUGCGCACGGAGAACAGGCUGCUGAAGCAGAGGAUCGAGACCCUGGAGAAGGAGAGCGCUGCUCUGGCAGACAGGCUGAUCCAGGGUCAGGUGACACGCGCCCAGGAGGCCGAGGAGAACUACGUGAUCAAGCGCGAGCUGGCCGUGGUGAGGCAGCAGUGCAGCACGGCCAGCGAGAGCCUGGAGCGGGCGCAGGGCACCAUCCGCCUGCUGCAGCAGCGCCAGUACACCGAGCAGUUCGUGAGCAGCCUGCAGACGCAGCUGGAGCAGUCGAAAUUGCAGGAGGCGGAGCUGCUUGGCGCCAUGAAGGAGAUGCAGGACAAGGUGCUGGAACUGGAGAAGAGGAACAGCUCCCUGCCGGACGAGAGUAACGUAGCGCAGCUGCAGGAGGAGCUGAAGCUGGUGAAGCUGAGGGAACUGGAGACUCUGCGCUGCUUCAGGGAGAUGCAGGAGACAGUGACCGAGCUGAACCAGCGCUGGCCGGUGUUACGGAGCAGUGGGAGCGGGGGUGGCCACUGGAAGGAGUCCCCCAAGAAGAACGCUAUGAACGAGCUGCAGGACAAGCUGAUGGCGGCACGCCUGCGCGAGGCCCAGGCCUUGGCAGAGCUGCGGGAAGCCAGACUGAAGGUCCUGGAGCUGGAGAGUCAGAACCAGAUCCACAGCAAGCUGGUGAGUCGGCAGGAGCAGGAGAGCGCCGCCCUGCAGGAGAAAGUGCAGUACCUCACUGCACAGAAUAAGGGCCUCCAGGGCCAACUCAGUGAGGUGAAGAGGAAGCAGGCUGUAUCUGACUGCAAGAGCAAGGAGGAGGUGAUGGCCGUGCGCCUGCGUGAGGUGGACAGUAUGGCCGCCAUGGCUGAGCUACGUUUAAGGAUCGCUGAACUGGAGAUCCAGAAGGAGGAGGGCCGGAUUCAGGGUCAGCUGAACCACACGGACUCCAGCCAGUACAUCACACAGCUGCGGGAGCAGGUCGCCGAGCUGAAAAACGAGGUCAGGCAGUUGCGUGGCCAGCCCCACCGAUUCCAGAGCCUGGGAGGAGGAUGCCUGCAGGACCUGUCUCUAGCAAGCCCCGCCUCAGUGGAGGGUGACUUUCUGAGCUGGGAGGAGGAGCUCUUGCCGGCCAAGACGCUGUAUGCGACCCUCUCCUCCGCGCCUUGCCAUCCCUCGCCCCGGCUGGACAGCGAAGGAGGCACCGACAGCGAGGGCGAGGAGAGGACCGGCGAGGUCGACAUGGCAUGUCCGGAGCCCCUGGAUCACUGAGGGGGCGCUACAGGGUCAUGUUCUACCUCCCCUCCCCCCACCCCACACACACACACCCCUACCCCCCAUAACGAGCUGUGCCAAACCCUUUGACCCUCUGGGAGCUGCGAGUAUUACGAACAAGGUCACUGAGAACUAAAACUCCCUUUUGCAAACCUGCCGCCCCAAUAAGAGAUGCACAGGAUUCUGUCCAGGGGAUCCAAGUGACUCUCCUGGACCCUCUGCUCCGAUGGUACUGAACACCUUCAGAUAAGUCAGCUGGGACGGCAGACUUCUCUCCGAUUCUAUGUCGACUGCUAAGUAUUAGCCACCGUGUGGAUGUUUAAAACGGUGACGUUCUCACUGUGUAUCCCCAGCCUGAUCCACUUUAACCUUGCCGCGGGGGUCGUGGCUGCGUGCUCUCACUUCCUGUGGUGCCCGUGCCCUCCCCCCUUUGCCUUUUGGAUGGCUGCUCCUCGAUCUGUCCUCAAACGUGUGCUCCGUCACCCCCUCACAAAGCUCCGCCCUCUACCGGCUCGACUCGCCCAACAUAUACACACUACAGCCAGUGACAAUUGAGCAUCGCUGAGGAGGUGGGGCUUCCCUGGAGAAUAGAGGAGGAAAGGGGUGGGCUAAGGAAGAGCAGGAGGUGAAGCAUGGUCACUUUUACUACUAUAGGGUUCAUUUAGGCGAUAGAGACGAAAGAUUAAUAAUAUAUGACUGUUUAUGUGUGUCUGUGUGUCUAUACCUUGCGGACAAAGGGAGGCCGAUUCAUCAUAAUUUCUUACCUGUAAAGUCGGAAGGCGUCAGAACUUCAAGGAGCUCAACGUUGCCAAAUCUUGUUUUUUAAUGUUAUAAGUUAUGCGUAUUUAUUUUGAUAUUUUUUUAUUUUUUUAUAAAUCGACACAAAAUAUACAUAAAUAGUUAAUGGUGACGGAAGCCAUUUUUUUUUUUUUUUUCGUCGUCUUGCUCUUCUGUGCCAAUCGCCACCCCGGGGCUGGCCAGGCCACAGAGGCGACGCGGGAUGGAAAACGCCGGGCUGCUACCUAUCCUUCUGUUAUUUAUUGUGUUGCGUUUAAAUUACGAUGUACCCCCCCCCCCCCCCCC